AUGCGCAAUUUCAUCAUCGCGACAGCACCCCUCUUGUUGGCCGCUGCUGGAGCCGCGGACAACGCGUGCGGCCGCAUCAGCGCCUUGUGGGCUGAGAAGGCCAACGUAGUGCCGAAGGUUCCCGUGAGGGUACCGGCCGCGACGGCGUACGAGUGCCUCAACACAGUCCCGCUGGACAAGGAGGCAGCCAUUGCACUUGUCGACUCGAUACAGCCGUACCUGGAGUGGCAGUCAGACGCCGCUUAUAAGGCCGACCCGCCUGCAAGCUACCCCUUUGCCGGCUACGACAUGUUUGCCAACCUGGCAGAGAUCAAGGUCAAGUUGCAGACCGACAAGUACGCUCGCGAAUACGCCUUCCAAACAGAUUUGUUCGAAUCCGUCUUCGCACCAGGCCAUGACAGCCAUUUUUUAUUUUAUCCGGAUUUACUUUCCAAGGCUUUUCAGUGGUCGCGUGACGACGUUCUGGUGUCGAUUAGCGAGGAUGGAAAGUCCCUGCCAGUCAUUAAACUUUAUAAGGAUGUCAAGGCAGACCCCAAGACGGCUCCUGCUAUCACACGAAUCAAUGACAUGGAUGCAGCUACAUUUAUCGAGGAAGUGGCUACGAAAAGUACCUGGUAUAGCGAUAUCGACGCUGCUUAUAACUCCAUGUUCCUCCAACGAUCUGCUAAUGUUUUGACCGGCUCGAGCGGAUUUUUUAAAGGCAAUGGCUAUGGGGCCUUGCUCUACCCGGGGCCGUCCACCAGCUUCAAAUUCAGCAAUGGAACAACAUUGACCGUGGAGAACACGGCCCGUGUUUUGGGUAACUGGGGCGGCAUCACCGAUGGAGCUUCCGUUUACUCGAGGUUCUGCGCUCCUGCGCCAGAACCCCCCGCUCUAAAGCAUCCAUACAUCCCUCCGAUCGGUCCCCUACCCGGUGCAAAGGACGGCGCCAUCAUUACUUAUCCUAAGCCCAUCAUCUCUUCCUCUGAUGCUGUCGUAUCUGGCUACUAUCUCACUGAAGAUGGUCUCCAAGAUACCGCGUGUCGGGACUUCUUUCAAAAGGCCGUUUCCGAUGGAAGGAACAAGCUGCUUAUUGACGUCCAGUCCAAUCUUGGAGGCAUUAUCUGGCUGGUUGUCGACUUAUUUCGCCAGUUGUUCCCCGAUAUACAAGAAGAUUUUUUCUUCCGCAAUAAGGUCUCUGAUGGGUCUUACGCGAUAGCCCGCGCUAUUAGUGAUCAGAUAAAGGAUAUUGACCCCUUGAAUACACAUAACGACAACAACCAACCAUUUAAUAAAUUCGAGGACAAGUUUAGCGGCCGCAACGUCUUCAAGAACACGGAAUACACGGCCCUUUAUCGCUGGGAUCCUAACAACCCCCUGAUCACCAAGAAUGAGACGUAUGGCGUGGGCAUAGAGAUUUCCGGCUAUGGAUCGCUAGCUCACCAGGCGCAGCCCUUUAAACCCGAGAAUAUUGCCAUUGUCCAUGACGGUACCUGCAAUUCCGGCUGCGCUUUCCUCUCUGAGAGUCUAACUAUCUACGGUGGUGUUAAGUCGAUUGUGUUUGGCGGACGUCCUACGCCAGGUCCUAUGCGGGGCGCCGGGGGCGCCAGGGGUGGUCCCAUCGUAUCGUACAACAAGGUGUAUGAAUACGCACAGCUCGCAAAAGAAUCGACAACAGACCCUAAGCUGGUUGCUGCCCUUAACCGAUACACUGACGUGGCUUUCCGGCGAUCUCUUGGAACGAGUGUAAAUACAGCCGACUGGAUCCUCCGGGAUCAUGUCAACGACGGUGUACCAACCCAGUAUAACUCUCACAACUCGGACUGCCGCCUCUGGUGGACCGCACCAAUGCUGACCGAUAUAAAGGAGGUUUGGAAAGUGGCGGCUAACUCGGCGUUCAACGGCGCCCAGUGCGUAAAUGGCGAGAUUAAGAAAGGUGCAGUACCUCAAAAUAUCCCUCCGGGACCUUGUCAAAAGAUCAAGAAACUCGAGUUCGGCAUCACAUUAUCAGACGAUUUUUGGUCUGGAACCUAUGAUCAUAUUGGGGCUGUCCUGGAGGGUCCGGCUGGUCAAGCUACGUUGGAUAUCGCAGACAAACCCGAGAGAGGAUUCCAGGCUUGGACGCCGGUGGAUUUGCAAUCAUCAUUUGGUUCGGACACGAUCGACAUUAACGGUAUUAGUACGAUUAAACUUACUGCCAAGGGAAUCUUCUGGACUUUGGAGCCCGAGCGUAACGACAAGUUUGAAGUUCAAGAUAUCAAGCUACGCGCACAAUGCGCCGAAUCAGAUCUUAAUAUCAAGAACGAUAAACUUGCCAACCUUAAUUCGUGGUACAGUCAUCCAGGCGGUUGGUUUUUGUCACCGUUCUUAACGAAGAAUGUUGCAACUUUCAACGUCACUGUUCAGGACUGGGCAAAGACAUAA